AUGAAGGUGAAGAAGAGCGGCGGGGCCGGGGCGGCGGCGGCCAGGACCGAGGAGGAGCUGGGCCGAAAGGCGCUCAUCGGGCCCGACGACGUGCUGGGGCUGCAGCGGGUCACCAGCGAUUAUUUGUGCACUCCAGAGGAAAAUGUUUACAAGAUAGACUUCACCAGGUUCAAAAUCCGGGACAUGGAAUCUGGCACAGUCUUGUUUGAAAUCACCAAGCCAGCAGCUUCAGAGCGGGAGCACAGUGACAGGAAGGACGUGGACCCCAACGCCGGGCGCUUCGUGCGCUAUCAGUUCACCCCCGCCUUCCUCCGGCUGCGCCAAGUGGGAGCCACGGUGGAAUUCACAGUAGGGGACAAACCCAUUAAUAAUUUCCGUAUGAUUGAGAGGCACUACUUCCGUGACCAACUCCUGAAAAGUUUUGAUUUUGAAUUUGGCUUCUGCAUCCCCAGCAGUAAAAAUACUUGUGAGCACAUCUAUGAAUUCCCCCAGCUCUCGGAGGAUCUCAUUCGAGAGAUGAUCCUGCAUCCCUACGAGACACAGUCGGACAGUUUCUACUUUGUAGACAACAAGCUGGUGAUGCACAACAAGGCAGAUUAUUCAUACAGUGGAGGACCUUGAGCCUGGGCUGGAUGGCCCCAGCUGUGCUGGCCUCCCCUUCCCUCUGGAAAUCGUCAGGGAUCCCAAACACCUCCAGCUCUGCUGCCUGCAAUGUCCCCUGGACAAGGAUCCACCAACCAAGGACUCUUUGCCACAGUAGGAGUUUCAUGACAUCUCUUUUGAGCUUUGAAGCAGACCCAGUUCUUCAGAAGUUUUAAGCUAAAAUCAUCUUUGGAUGCCACUUCCCUAAAAGUUCUUUUAAGUGUCUGCUUUGGAAAUGGCCUUGUGGGACCUGAGGGGUUUUGCCCUAAUUCUGUGAAUUUAUGUUCCUGCCCUCGAGUAUCUUUUAGGGUUGCUUUCCCAAAGAAUGUAAUCAGAGAAACCAUGGGAGUGGAUGGAUGCAAAGGCAGAGGUUUGGGUGGUUGUUUCUCUUUGUGAAUGCUUCAAAGGCCAAUUUAACUUGUCCAGCCUGUUGAAAAUAUUGAGCAAAACAUCUCACCAAGGCAAGUUUCAUCUUUAGAUUGGCUCUCCACGAGUAUUUCAUCCUUUAGUUUCCAUUCUUCUGUGUAAUGUUCUGUUUAACCUUGGAAACACCAAAACCUGCAGUGAAGAGCAGUAGUUCAGUGUAAAUUGAGUGUUUUUACAUUUACAUUCCUUUUACAUUUCAGGUGAAGGUAAAAUGGCAUUGUGGGUCUAUGAACCUCCAUAAGUACAUUCCAUUAAUUUCAGGUUUUUGCAGAAUAAUCAGGAAAAACAGAAGGAUUUUAGCUUUAUUUAACAUUUUUUGCUUUAUUAAACAUUCAGCCUUUUCAUGCCACACAUUUCCCAUGUCUAUUUUCUUUCAUCUCUGCUCAAUACCAAGAUAAGGAUUCAGCUCUGCUUGUUAAAGCAACAUUUUAAUUGUCUAAGGCAGCUGGGGAGUGUGGAAUUUCCAAUUUUCUAUUUGUAUCUGCAUUUAAAGGAGGUUAAGACAGCCUUUCCCCUUUGUUAAAAAUGUUUCUCAUCAGAUAUUAAUACAGGUGGAACUAAAUCUAAUAAUCUACAACUUUAACACACAGCAAAAAAAUUAGCAAAAGUUCUCUCUUCAGACUCUGUAAGAAGUUUAACACCAAUUUAGCCCAAGAAAUAGCAACACCAAGAAUAAACUACUGUGGGGUGACCUGCUGUCAUGAAACCCCUACUCUGAAGGUCAGUUCACUGAUAUUAAAAAAAAAAAAAAAAACCACAACAAAAAUAAGACAGUUGCAGUCUGUAGAUAUUUCUAUAAAUACUUGAUGUCUCCAUGUCUAAUUCUGUGAGUUGAAGUGGAACAUUCUAUGUUAGCCUCGCAUAGGUGUAAUAAUUGUAAUAAUUUUUAUAAAAAUACCAUUUCCAGUCGUGAUGAGCAUCUCUGUAGUCGCAGCCUGUGUCAGACAGGACAAUUCCAAGUGUAGCCUAAGGACAGGGAGGUUUUUGUGCUCUUGUUGGGGUUGUGGUCACUUUUCAAUGUGUCACCAUUUGUGUUUGGCUUGGCUUUUUUGACUGCUGAGAGAGGAGGCAGAUUUUUAGAAAAACCACAGUGAUUUUAGGUUACAGCACAGCUUUCAUUCAGCUUGGUAGCUACAAAAACGUGUCAGGUUCACUCAUUUUACACAAGUAAUAGCUUGUAGUAAUUCUUAUCACAGUGAGACUUGUGUUUAUCACUAUUUUUUGUCUCUAGUGGAUUAAAUCAUACAAGUAGCCUACGGCUGACUGAUCAGUUUGGGAGAUACAAAGGAUUUCCUCAUUAUUUGUGCAGUACUUUGAGCUUCUGACCAUUAAUUUUAUAGCACAGUAAUUACUAAAGAUGGAAAUAGUUUCAAAAAUGUUUUCAUUCCCCCCCCCUUUUUUUUUUUUUUUUGCAUCAGAGCUGUUAAGUCAUAUAUCCAAUGACAUUUAACGAGUUUUAAGUAUUUCUGAGUUUUGUUUCAAUUUGCAGGAGAAAAAAUGUUAAUUUAAAGACAAAAUAGAGUGUAUGUUUGUAAUUACCACUGUGUACAGGUUUUUUUGGGGAGGUUAUUUUUCACCUGCUGUUCAUAACAGUCACUUCUGUGCAUAAAAUUUUUAAAGUACUUUUAGGAAUGGAAUUUGCCCAGAAUUUCCAGUCAUCUAUUUAAUAUGUUGUGAUGAGAUCAGUUGUACUUUGGUGUGGACUCUUGGGUCAUUUGAUGGAGUUUCAUCUGAAAUAGUCAUGUUCUGCUCCUUUUUUUUGCUACCUCCUUUCAAGACUUAUAAAAAAUGGGUAAUUCCAUAAAAGUAUUACUGUAAUCAAGGGAAAUUUGAGUGGUAGACAUGCCCAUCAUGAAAGAACCAAGAAAAAGUCACAGUGUUCCCAGCAGUGCAGAGUGUGAACGGAAUUUCUCACAUUUUUCUGGGGUAGGCUUGAGGUUAAACACAAGAGGGUGAAUUAUCAGCUGCUCCUCUCCUGAAAUCUUUUCUAAUUCAGAUUAUAUAUGUAAUAAUUCCAAUCUCGCAGAAAAUUUAGUGUGAAUCAUAUGGGAGUUAUUACACUGAGUGUGUUUGUUGCCUAAUAUUAUUAGGAAUAUUUUAAGCCAGAAAUAAAGAUUGGACAUUUUCAAUAAAAGCAAUUUCAACCAAUUCUAGCUUUAGCUUUUCAGCUGGGACAAUUUUACUCUUGUUAAAAAUCCCCAGAGUUUGCCACAAGUAACAAAUUCUGAUUCCUAAACCAAGGCAAGCACCGGGAUUUUCUGUGGGAGGUGCAAUGAAGGUGAUUUUUUUUCUGUGUCCCCCUGAAGCAGCUGUCACUGUUUUCUCUCUGUCUCACUUGGGAGCUCUUUGUUAGCAUUUCCUCAAGGUCAUCCUCAUCCUUUACAAACUUUACAAUCUUUACAAACACGUGGGAAUCACUGUCCAGGAGAGAGCUUCUGUUCCUCUCCCACCUGCUCAUCACUUUGGUGUUGACACGAGGCACAUAAACACCACUAAAGGAAUGUUUCUUCAAAAACUUUGCCUGUAGAGUUGCUGUUUCAAUGCCACUUCUUGUUUUGCUUAAAAGCCACCUUUAAAAUUUGGUGUUAAAGACCAAACCUCGUGCAGCACCCAAUAAUUUCAUCUUCCUUCUGAAGGGGAGCCGAGUUUGCAGCCCAGUUGUGAAACCCCCAUUUUUUCCCCUCUAAACUGGCAGCUGAUUCUUAUUUUAAACCAGUUAAGAAUGAAGUCUUAGCAGCCUUAUUCACAGAAGAAUUUGCUAAUCUUCUUAACUAGCUAUUAUUUUGUAUUUUAACAUUCAUCAUUAUUGGGUUUACUUUGGAAGUUCAUUGCGAAAUCACCAAAUAUUGGCUCUGGGAAAAAAAGAAUUGUUGUCUUUUCUUCCUUGAUCUCAUUUUAAACAUGACUUUAAUUAGCACUGCAGCUCUGUUUUAACAAGCCAGCCUGGCAAUUUGGGACCUGACUUUCUGAAAGUGAAAGAAAACAUCCAAGAGCUAACCAAGAUUAUCUGCUAAUAAUGCCCGGCUGUUUCCUGUCAUAAAACAGGAUUAAGUGUGUGCUUUACACUGUGACUUAAUCUUGGAAAAAGAAACUAAGUCUCUCUGAGUGCUAAUAGUGACAUAAUUUUUCUGAAAGACGGGGAAAUUACAGCUCAACACAUUCUUUCAGGGAAAUUAUAAUUUGACAUUUUUUUUUCACUUUGUCAGUCUUGGAUUCCUUUAGUAGUCAGGGUUUUUAAGAAAAGCAGCAACACAUUGCUGGUGAGCUGCAUGCUCUAAUAACUCACACUUCUGUGGCAGGGAGAGAACCAUUUCUUUUUAGAAUUAACACAUCAGCUGUGGUUGAAAAUGCAGCAGCUUUGCUCUCAGUUCAGUGACAAAAGCCAAAAUUGUUUCUGUGAAUUAUCUGUUGCGUGGUGACAUUUCAGAAAUAACUGAGUGAUCCACCCUUCCUGACUCAGAAAAUUUUAUUUAUUUAUUUAUUGUAACGUAGAAAGUCUCUCCAGGGUUGAAAACAAUCUGCUGAUAUUUAGUUC